UAAUUAGCUCGCGUCUCUACUCCUUACCCUUGCUAAACUCCUCGAGUGCCGGGAGAUCAACUAUGCCAGUGGUAGCGUUUGCUGAUAUAGGCAAGGCCGCUAAGGGCCUGCUGGGCGGCGACAAGGCCACCGGCACGUUCCAGUUUGACCCGAAGCUUUCAGUCAGCAGCUCGACAAGCUCUGGCGUGGUCUUCACUGUCUCAGCAAUCCAAAAGGCGGAUAAGGUCGACGCGGCAGUGAAGGCGGCUUACUCGACAAAGAAGUAUUCCAUCGAUGUUGCAUCGGAACCCUCUGGGAAAGUUACGGUGUCGGCGUCAGUCAAUGAGGUGGCUCCCGGAGUGAAACUCUCCACUUCUGCCGUCGUGCCUGAUCCUUCCACGGCCAAGCUGACAAUCGACUAUAGCAUGCCUUACGUGGCUCUCAAGGGUACCUUUGGCCUGAACGCAACUCCUGUCGUCGACCUGGCGGCCUCGACUGGGUAUCGAUCAGUCGUUUGGGGAGCCGAGACGAGCUACGACACUGCCAAGUCGACCCUCACGAAGUAUAACGUCGCACUUGGGUACCACGCGCCGGACUUCCAGGUUGCGGCUCUGCUCGCCGACCAGGCUAAGACACUCAAGUUGUCGUUCGCACACAACCUGACAGCCACUAGCACCGUUGGCGCCGAGAUUUCGCGCAAGCUGGCUUCCAACGACACGUCGUUCGCAGUCGCGUAUGCGCGCAAGCUGUCCAACGGCGCGUUGACCAAGGUGAAGCUCGACGGCUCCGGCCUGCUUUCGGCGCUGUACGAGACCAAGCUUGCCUCAGGGGAGAAGGUUGCGGGCUCCCUGCAGCUGCAGGCCACCGACCUGAGCAAGCCGAUCAAGUACGGAUUCGCUGUCGACCUGGCCUAAAGUACCGCAUUGCGAGGAGCGUCUGUGCUGAACCUGUUUGCGAUUCUGCUGCUGAGGGCUGUGUGGAAUGCCCGCUGCCAAAAUGGAGCCGGCUUUGGGCACUAUGAGUCCGACGGCAGACAUUGGAAUGGCUUGCUCUGACAGCCGUUCAGGCAGUGCUCUGCAUGGCAUGCUGGGUAUGGCCGUGGGUUUGGCCGUGGUCGAGUUGGCGGUGGCACGGCUGUAGGGAUCCUGCAUCCAGCACGCUGGUUGUGGGUCGGCAGGCGCGGACCUGUGUGUGUCAUUGGCAUGGAAAUAGUGGUAGUAUCUGUAUGUAGUAUGGCGUGUCUUGACGCCGCCGCCGCUUUGCAGGUUUUUCCAUUGCGGUUUCGCUCCAGCGAACAUACAUAUUCAGCUCGCUGGUACUGGAUUGUUCCUAAUUAGCUGUAUGCAGGAAAAGCGCAUAUCAUGAACACUACAUUGCUUAAUAUGCCAUGGAGAUGCGCCAUUCGCCAUGCGGGGCCUGAUGUAGGUGCCGGAAAUAUCCCUGAGCCUCCCCUGAAUUGGAACGUUCACCCGAUACCCUCGCGGAGUAGGGGCUUUACCCUUCCCUCGGCAACAGUAGCUGAGCUUCAAAGGACAUUGUUAAGAAAGCAGCAUUUACGAGUGUCUGGGAACGUUGGACCAUUAUUUGGGGUAUGCGCUUGGUGCAUCUCGCUUUUGUGCUCUCAGGUCCUCGAUGGACAUCUCAAUCUAGGCAUCGGUUUGUUUUCGGGCAUGAACACCGCAACAGAUUCAUACCUGUCGAUGGAGUGCAACAACCGUCAUUGUCGUCCACACUACAUUGCAUUGCGUGUCUGGCUCAGUAGUUGUGUGUAGAGUUCGCUGCUGCCGACCUUUCACAUCGGGAGAUGGGGCUAUGGGGAAACGGGGUGGUUGCUACGUUUGCAAGUAAUUACGUCAUUGGACACAUACACACUUGUUUGCUCGCCAGCAUCGCAGCCCCUUUCUGCAUCUGCACGCGUGCUUUCCGAGAAACCAGCAUGUGUUUUCCGCGUUUGGGAAACCGUUGCCAUGCCGUUGCCCACGAUGAUGCAACCCACAAGGAUCCG